UGUCACGGGGAUUGAGGACAGGCGCCUGGCGAGGCACAGCCAAGCGAGACAAGCCAGCGGCAGCACCACCCCGCGGCAGCCUGCCGUCGGCCCAGGCUCCUCCCGCGGGAGGCCGGCCGGGCCGGGCCCCGCCUGCCCGGCAUGGCGGAGGAGCGGCGCUUUCUCUCGGCCUCCGGGGUGCCGAUCGCGCUGCGGCGCCGCCAGCACAGCGCGUCCUGCCGGGAGCUGGCGGUGCGCGGCCCCCGCCUGCAGCUGCGCUCGCUCAGCGCCGCCACCUCCGCCGUCUGGCUGGCGGCCUACGGGCUCUUCGCGCUCAGCGAGAACAGCAUGGUGCUCUCUGCUGCCAUCUUCAUCACGCUGAUUGGCCUGAUCAUAUACCUGCACUUCGUGAAGAUUGACCAGGAAUCCCUGCUGGUCAUCGGCUCACUGGGCAUUCAGGUGACUUCAUCCUAUGCCUCAGGGAAAGAGAGCACAACCUUCAUUGAGAUGGGUCAAGUGAAGGAUGUGGUUAUCAAUGAAGCCAUCCAUAUGCAAAAAGUUAUCUACUACCUGUGUAUCCUCCUCCAGGACCCUGAAGAUCCUCAGGGAGUAUCUGAGGUUGUGCCACUCUUUCAGAGUUCCAAGCCACGACUGGACUGCUUGAUAGAAGUGUACAAAAGUUGUCAAGAGAUCCUGGAGCAGAGCAAGACAGCUCCACAAAUCAAGUGAAAAGCUGAAUAGCUGAAAAAAGACAGCGAACUUUCAGCAGGACUCAGAGGGACACAUGGAAAAGCAAGCAAAACUGCCCCAUGAGCAGAGCUUUUUAGGCUCAGACAGAAGAGGUUUUUUCUUGCCUCUCCAGAAAAGAAUUUUGGGGAAAUAGGCCAAAGGGAGACAAGAAAAUGCAUCAAUUUUUUACUGUCUCAUGCAUCUGAAAAUUAUGCUAAAAUUAUAAAAUAACCUUGACUGGACUGCCAUAAGUAUGCAUUCUUUGUUUUUUAUUUAACCCUUUGUUUGAAAAACACACUCUAAAUACCAAAGCUGAUGUGUGGGCUCAGAUAGUAACUUCCUGAUGACAGGAGAAUUUCAGAAGGACAAAACCAGAAAAUUAAACUGUUGCAUUCAGUUAUGUUUAAUGGAAUAAACAUAAGAGAUCUGAAGACUGACCUCUUCAGGGAUCUGCUUGAAGGAGUCCCAUGUGAUGGGGUCCCUAGAGGGAAGAGGGAUCUGAGAAAGAUGAUUGAUAGUCAAGGAUCAUUUCUUCUGAGAUCAAGAACAGUUCAUCCCAAUGAGCCGGAAGUCAAGCAGAAACACCAGGAAGCCUGCAUGGAUGAGCAAGCUGCUCCUGACAAUGCUUGAACACAAAAAGGAAGUAUACAGAAGGUGGAAUUAGGGACAGGUAAUCUGGGAGGAAUGUAGAAACACUGUUCAAGAGGUAGUUAGAAAGGCUAAAGCCCAGCUGGCGAUGAAUCAGUUGAAGGGUGUCAAAGGCAACAAGAAUGGUUUCAGUAAGUGCUUAACUAUCAGAAGGAGCACAGGGAAGAUGUGAACCCAUUGCUGAAUGGGGCAGGGCCUGUUGACUCAGGACAUGGAAAAGAUGUGGCAUUUAAAGGGCCACAUAAGUUACUCUGAGAAUAUGAGGCACAUGUGUCAUUGAAAAUGAUGGUAAUGGCAAUGUGAAUAAAGUUUUAUUAAUCUGUGCUCUUGGCAGUAACUCAAGGUUGGGAAAUUGUUCUUUGUUGAUAAGCUAAAUGUUACCAUAACACUUAACUGGUAUUUUUCUCUCUAUAUUCCACAACUCCUUAGUAAUAUAAAUGAGGUGACAGGUGUCAAAAGCUAAACCCACAAGUUGGCAGGAGCCUGGAUUCAUGCUUAUUUUGCAUACAAUGCUGUACCAUGCUUGUCCACAUAAUCUGUAAAUGAACACUUGGCACCAUGCCAUCAUGCAAUAAGGUAUAGAUAAGGGGAUUUGUGGUUUGUUUUUUUUUUUUCCAGAGUGCUACAAAGUUUGAAAGACAGAGGUUAGCUCAUGUCACAGGAAGUAUUCUGGUUGUCCAAGUGAAAGGCAGCAGCUUGGGGAUGUGCCACUGCCUUUUGUGGCAGAAGAGAAAAGAUGUCUCAACAGAGUGGACAGAGUCAUGGGCUCAAGGGUGUGCUGGGAGUGUUGGCUAUGCUGUAAAAAUCCCAUGAAGUGCUCAAAAUGUGCACUGAAGAAAUUACCAAGAAGCUGUGUCACAGCAAGAAGCCUGUUUGCUUUAGCAAUCUUUUGAAGGAGUGAACAGCCUGUGCCCAUGGUGUAGUCAUCCACUUAAGCUAAGAGAAGAUCAGCAGAGAAACAGGGAAUCAGUCUAGGGCAAGUUUGUACCAGCUUUGGUUUGUGCCUGGCUACCAAACAAUCUAUGUUCAUUUUUGUUUGCAUCAAAAAUAUUUUUGGCUUUUAAAGUAGUUUAUUUCUUUCUGAGAAUAAUAUACAUUUAAUUCAUGGUUAUUUAUUCACGAACUGCAUUUUAUUAAGAACAAACAGAAAUCUCACAGUAUCUUCCAGACAGCCUUUUACUUACACACAGCAGUUAGGAACAGAAAGGCUUUUGUCAUCUCAUUCUAUGCUGCAUUAACAGUCAUUGCCAAAAGCAUUGAUUAAAAUAAAAAAUUAUUUUCUCUACCAAAGAAUCAUACAAAGUAGGUAUCUACACAGGGUGGGCUGUUUGAAGAGAGGUAAGCUAUAAAUAGGGGUAUUUGCAUCUCUCGGAGUGGGUGGUCCCUGAAACACUCAAGUACUGGUGAGUAUUUUUAAGAAAUAAGGAAGAAAGAAAGUUUUGUGUAUCAUGCUUCUCAAUUUAAAGUGCAAUUGUGGCAAAAAAUAAUGAGUUUCAGGAGAGCUCCUGUUUAUUUAUCAUCUCUGCUUCCUGUUUGCCCUGGUACAAGUCUCCUCAAGUCUCUGAGGACAUCAGGAAAUACAGCCUGUGAACUGGAGACUUCUAUGCCUUGAACAUCCCUAGCACUGACGACGGCUCCAGCCUGUUCUGAAGCAGCUUUAUUACUGGUGGGAUACCAGAAGCAAACUGUCAAACAGACCUUCAGAUACAGGAGAAAUUAUUAGGCCCAGGUGAUAGAGUGAGGAGGAGUAACACUGUGUAUUCUAACUGACACAGCUGUACUAAGAUAAUUGUGAGAGAGUGGGGAAAUAAAAACUCUAUCAGGACAUACAGAGACUGGAGGGGAAAUAAAAACUCUAUCAGGACAUACAGAGACUGGAAAGGAUCUAAGGGGAAAAAAAAGACUAAAUACCUUCUUGAAGUUAUUUACGGCUCAGAAAGCUUCUGCCCCUUUUUGUACCUUCAAGGGAUGGUCUUUAAAUUCAUAACAAGUGGGUACCUUACAGUAUGUGCAAAUCAGGUCACUGUUCAUAGACUCUUCCUGUUUUAGGUCUGCUACACUGUUUCUACAACUCAGCAGAGGAUGAUUUGGGGUUGGGUUUAUUUUGUUUUGUUUGGUUGUUUGGAUUUUUUUGUUGUAUAUUACAAAGAUGCUGAUGAAGAAUUGCUUAGAACAAUUUUUGUCUAUCCCCUGCUCUUCUCUUUUAGUUUGUGGCUUUGCACCCAUCAUAAGCAUGAAAAAAACACCUCCUUGAUGUAUCAGCUCUCCCAUAUGUAUUAGUUGAAUGUGUCAAGGUUGGGGGCAGCUACUAGGGAGUAAAAC